GCCAUCGGAGAGAGGAGACAGAGGUGGUGGUGCACAAGAAUCCUUCCUCCUAUCCUACAAAGACUUUGGAAUGGGAAGAGAAGUUGUUGAGGUGCUUAUGGACCGAAACGCCGACGUUUCAAGCGGUAGAGUUCACGUUGCUCCUAAGAUAGCUGCAGAGGAGACUGAUGAGGAAUUUGAAGUCAAGGAAUGCACAGAGGAGAAGUCUCUUUCUGAAAAUGCACCAAAUGUUGGAUCUGCUGAGAGAAUUGGAGCACAGAAAUCGCCUAAAACUCGUAAUGGAAAUGCUAAAGUUACAAAGCAGGAUGCUCCUCUUCCUGCGGUAAGGAAGCCAUUGCAACCCGAGAACAAGAAGCAUAUCGAUGACGAUGAUAAUUGCUCAAUUGCUUCUUCCGUGGCAACUUCCAUGAGGAUGGGUAAGUCUGGAUUGACUUAUGGAAGUGCUCCAACGUUUAAGAGUGCUCAACGUGCUGAGAAACGCAAAGAGUAUUACCAAAAGCUCGAGGAGAAAAACAAAGCGCUUGAAGCCGAAAGGAAUGAGCUUGAACAGAGGCAAAAGGAAGAACAAGAAGCAGCCUUGAAACAACUUAGAAAGAAUCUCAAGUUCAAGGCUAAACCCGUCCCCAACUUCUACUACGAGGCACCUCCUGCAAAAGCUGAGCUCAAGAAGCUUCCUUUGACGCGUCCCAAGUCGCCAAAACUCAUCCUUUCUCGGAGAAAAAGCUUCAGCGACGCAGUCAGCUCGUCUUCCCGUGAUGAGGUUCUGAAGACAGUCUCUAACCGGAACCGACACAGCACUGGAACAGUUCAGAACAAAGAAGAUCAGAAGAACAAGAACACCAAUUCUGCGCACGACAGCCCUCGUGUCCGAUCUGGUAAGGCUAAAGCCGCAUUGAAGCCAGUGACCGAAUGCUCAGAAGAAGCUUCUGAGGCUUGAAAAGAUGAUGAACGAUGCUUUGUUGGUCUGUGUUUUACUCAAACUAACUUGAUCUCACCGGAGAAAAUUUAAAAUCUAAACAAAGACUCUUUGUUUUUCGGUUAUUUCCGGUAUAUGUUUGGUUCACAAUGUAACUGUCUUUCUCGGUUUUAAGUUUUAACAUGAAAUCUUUAUGUUGAUUGUUGAAGAACUCCGCCUAAUGUUGAAAUUUGUAAAUUUGAGUGUUGAUGGAUUUAAAUUUAGCAGGUAAGAUUAUUUUCCGAAAUAUAUUCUCUAAUCGAAU